ACUGCAAUAUAAAGAGAGACACUAAAGAACACAGAAAAAAAAUGUUUUCAUUUCACAAACCACGAGUUUACCGUUCCACUGACGGAUGUUGCAUUUGUCGCGCUAAGUCGAGCAGUUCGAGAUUUACAGAUUCGCGCAAAUACGAACAGGAUUCUAUGAAAUGUUUCGACUUGAAAUAUCCUCGUCACGGAGAGAUUUGUAACGCAUGUGUUUUGUUGGUUAAACGCUUCAAACGACUACCUAUUGGUAGUACCCGACAUUGGGGACAUGUGGUUGACGCGCGCGCCGGUCCAGGUACGAAGUCCAUUACAAAACACAAGAAGAUUCGAGAUGAUUCAGAAAAUAUGUCAAGUAGCUCAGCAACAACAGGCCCAAAUGUUCGACGAACACAAAAUUCUAAAUCACUUAUAACCGAAAAAUUUUCCAAAAUAUUUAAAAAGAAUAAGAAAAGCAAAAUCAUUACCAGUUCUGGUGUCGAAAAGAAGAGUGGUGGAGUCUGUAAAAGAAGCCCUGCUUCAUGGGAUGAACAAAAUAUGCUGGCAUCCACACAUGAUUCUAUGGAAAGCGAUUAUGAAGAUGCUAGUGGUGAAGGCAAUGACAAACGGAAUAUUAACAAUAAUUCCACAUCUGUGCAAUUUCAAACACAAACACGAGCUUCAGCCUACCGCGCAUCUCGCAAAGGGACCGAUAGUGGUAAUUCUUCUCAUCUUGUAUUUCGAAAGAGUCCUUUGAAGACUGGUAGCAAACGGCGUAAAUGUAUGCCACCGAUGCGGAAUCGAGCCGCGUUAAAAAUGAACAAUGAUAAAGUGCAAUUCUUUGACUUAACAGAGUGGCAAGAACGUAAGACCUGUUGCGGCAUAAUGUAUGUGUGCCCAUCACUAGCUGACACAAUAUUACUCGAUAGUGGAAAGUUUCAAGUUUGCUCAGAACAUAAACGAGCCAAAAACUUGCAGAAAGAAAACAGUCCAACGGUGCCACAAGAAGAGCAACAAUCAAUUCCUCAAAAGACAAUCAUAGCAACAUUGCCAGCAGUAGUACAAUUAUCAGCAGCGCCAUCAGUGGCUGUUGUUUGUCCACCACCGUUAGCCAAUCCAGUGAACGUUGUGAAAUCGAAUACAACCCCAGUAUUGAAGAAACACCAUUUGUUCUUCAAAAGACAGUCUGAGUGCUUUCCACAAGCGGAUCUCGCUAUGAGCAACAGUAUAAUGAAUACUUCGAAUAAGACUGAAGCCCUAGUAACACCAGCAUCCAAUCCGGUUCUAAAUAAGAAUAACACCACCACAUACAGCAGUUCAAUAUCGCACAUGUCAGCCAAAUCGAAUGCAAGCUUUUCGAGUACCAUUAUUUCCACGCCACUACCACUAUCAAUCAACACUGCAAACAUAUCUGCCAUAUCGAGCAUUUCUUCUCCUAGUGCCACAUCUGUGAGUGCUGCGCAAAUGCCUCGACAUUCCACUGCUAAAGUUACUACUAUUUCACCGCCUUUACCGGUAACGGUAACAGCAACAGCUGGAAAUGCAUUCGUUGGGGGCAAUAGAGUUUUGCAUAAAAUAAAAACGGGAAAAAUUUUAAAGAACUCCUUAGAAAAAGUUAGUAUCAUGCCAAGUGCUGGAAUAGUUACGACAGCGGCAAUAGAGCGUAUCAAAGCUACCGAUUUACAGGAGAUUAAACCUGUUAUGCGCAAUGUGCCAAAAUCGUAUGUUCUUACCAAGCCGACGACGAGUGGACUUAAUCACCCCGGUCAACAAAUUGCACAAUAUUAUUCAGCUGGCUCAUCACCGACUUCGACGUGUUCUAAUUCUUCGCUUAUAUCAUCGUCCUCUGCAACAGCGGCACCAAAGUUCAGUGAUAAUUCAUCAGAUUCGGGCUUCGAUGAAAAUCUGCAAGAAAGGAAGUCAGCAAGUCCUUUGCAGGAGGAUACUGAGAAAAAAUUAGCUACUCGGGCGGUGAUAAGUAAUGUGCACACCAUGUUUCUGUCAAGUGGUGAUCCAAAAGUUGUACAAUCCCAGAACAUGAUGUUGGGAAAAAGCGAUAUUACACCUAAAUCAUUGCAAAAUCGGAAACAACAAAUGACUGUGAUGCCAGCUAACAACAGUGGUACAAUGCAACAACUUUACCAGCAACAAGCGAACACUAGUGCGGCUCGUCUUGGUUCGGUAGCAACCGCUUCAUUAAGAAUUUCACCAGUUAUCAAUCCUAUAUCAGUGGGCAACAGUGCUGGUAGCAGUAGUAGUAAUUUGGGAUCUCAGAAUAAGACGGCAACACCACCGACAACGUCAUCAUCAUCAUCGUCAUCUCGUGCAAUUUACAAUAACAAUACAAUUCAACAUGAAAACGGUGUGACGACAAUCGUACCGGCAUCUUCGCUGGCUGCAUCAUCGCAAACAGCUGCUAUGAACGCGCUUGCGCCUAGCACAGUAACCAUAACACCAGCACCGACCCAUCAUAAUUUGGGGAACGGAAGGGGAACUGGUGCGGCGUUAAGUCUAACGAAAAAAUUGACUACAUCUGGUGUUGGAGUGAAUUUAAUAACCACUGGUGGCAAUAACCAAAGCAAUAUUCUACAUACCGUUGCAAACCACACUUCGGCGCAUUUGAUCAAUCAUAAUAGUGCAUUGCUACAGCAACAACAACACCUCCAUCAACAACAACUGCAUCUUCAACAUCACCACAGUACAACGAGUAAUUUGAAUCAGAAGAUAAUUCUGUUGAAGACAGCAGGUGGUGCUUCAAAAUAUAACAAUUUAGCGAAUAUUAACAGCGGUAGCAGCAGUAAUAACAUCAAGAUAACAAAUGUAUCAACGCCAAUAACAGCGUCGCCGCCCAAUACGGGUAUUUCCAAGAAUUGACCUCAUGGUGGUGGUCGUCAUAGAUUCAAUCAUUAGUGCUUUAGUAAACUUCAUUAGAACUAUUUAUUUAGUUGCUUUGUUGCGGUGCCUAAGAAUGAGAAAGAUAAAGAUAAGAAUAGUUGUUUUUGUUUUUGUUUUUGUGAUGGCAUUGUCCUACUGCAUUAUCAUUUUUCCGUUUAAAAGCGGUAAAAAUUCACCAUUUUGGUAACCAAUACAUACAGAAUACUCUUUAAAACUUUUAGUUCGAAGAUUGGAAAAGAUGGAAAACACCGCAGCAACCAACCCUAUGUGUUAAUUUCCGUCUUGAAAAAAUAUUUUUUUUUUUUAACAAUAUUUCUUUUAUGAAGGAGAGCGCAAUACAUUUAAACAACAUUGAGGUGGUUUAUAUCAUAGUGGUGGAAAUUGAAUUAACUUUUCAGCAAGUUUUUGCAAUUUAAUGCAUCGUUUUUUGGAAAAUAUGAUGCUAUUGAGCGAAUAAAGAGGAUUUGCAUUAAAAAUUUUAAAAGUAACUCGUUAUUAAAAUUUAAUAAAUUUCCACAACUCUGAUAUAUUAUAUUUAUGUUGUUUAUGCGCAUAUUGCCAUUUGUAACAGUGUUUAGUUUAUUUAACCAUUUUUUUUUUAUCUAAAUAAAAAUAACAGUGCACAAAUACAAAUGUGCACAUGCACUUAAGUUUUUAUAAGAAAUAUUAAGUUAAUGGAGAUUGCGUGUGUAAAGAAAAUGAAAUGACUCGGCCUUGUUUGUUGUAUUUUGUACAUUAAUACUACUAUAAACAAGUAAAACAAUUACAAAAUCGAAGAAAAAAUUGCUAAAUUCUUAUAUUAGAUAUUUAAAAGCGUUUCCAAAUAAUU